GCGGAGCCUGGGGCUGCAGCGGCGCGGGGAACACGGAGUCGGGAGCCCCGGGGGCGAGGAAGGCAGGCUGGGCCGCCGAGCGCCUGAGCAACCGUUCUUGGAUUUUGGGGGUGGGGGGAGGCAACCUGCCUCCCUCAACACACUUGGUCUUCAGACGCCCCCUCCUCAACCCCCUCCAGCCCCGGCCGCUGACGGGAGAAGGCGGCGGCGGCGGGGGGCUGAGGGGCGCCGCCAUGCCUCUCCCGCGGUGAAGCGCCCGGCCGUGAGGAGCCGCUCGGUCUCCCCGGUGAUGUCCCCCAGGCGGCAGGCGAAAGCGACUCACUCGAGCCCUGGGGUAUAGGCCUAGCUUAUCCAGCUUCCUUCCUCCUCCUCCUCCUCCUCCUCCCCUCCCCCUCCUCCUCUCCCCCCUUUCGUCCUCCCCCUCCCCGUGUCUUCCCUCACCCUUCCCCGCGCCCCCAUCUUCCCUCCCUCCCACCCACCCACCCCUCCAGCAGCGAUGGCAGAGGAACAACAACAGCCGCCACCGCCGCAGCCUGAUGCCCAUCAGCAGCUUCCCCCCGGCGCCCCCAACUCGGGGGUGGCUCUGCCAGCCCUUGUGCCCGGGCUGCCAGGGACAGAGGCCAGCGCGCUGCAACACAAGAUCAAGAACUCCAUCUGCAAAACUGUACAAUCUAAAGUGGACUGCAUUUUGCAAGAAGUUGAGAAGUUUACAGACCUAGAGAAACUCUACCUCUACCUUCAGCUGCCUUCUGGUCUCAGCAAUGGAGAAAAAAGCGAUCAGAAUGCCAUGUCAUCUAGUCGGACACAGCAAAUGCAUGCGUUGUCCUGGAUUCGGAAUACCCUAGAGGAGCAUCCUGAGACUUCAUUACCCAAGCAAGAAGUCUAUGAUGAGUACAAGAGCUAUUGCGACAAUCUUGGUUACCAUCCGUUAAGUGCUGCUGACUUUGGAAAGAUCAUGAAAAACGUCUUUCCAAACAUGAAGGCACGUCGUUUGGGCACUAGAGGCAAAUCUAAAUAUUGCUACAGUGGACUAAGAAAAAAAGCUUUUGUUCAUAUGCCAACACUGCCCAACCUUGACUUUCACAAAACUGGAGAUGGGUUGGAAGGAGCUGAGCCUUCUGGGCAGCUUCAGAAUAUUGACGAAGAAGUUAUCUCCUCUGCUUGUCGUCUUGUAUGUGAGUGGGCCCAGAAAGUGCUAAGCCAGCCAUUUGAUACAGUCUUGGAAUUAGCCCGCUUUCUUGUCAAAAGUCACUAUAUAGGCACCAAGUCAAUGGCAGCUCUAACUGUAAUGGCAGCAGCACCAGCAGGAAUUAAAGGAAUUCCCCAGACAUCUGCAUUUAUACCUACAGCUGAAAGUAAUUCCUUUCAGCCGCAGGUGAAGACUUUGCCAUCUCCUAUUGAUGCUAAACAACAGCUGCAACGGAAAAUCCAGAAGAAGCAGCAAGAACAGAAAUUACAGUCCCCUUUGCCAGGAGAAUCAUCAGCAAAAAAAUCAGAAGGCACUACAGCCAAUGGAGUGACUAAUCUUCCAAAUGGAAAUUCUGCAAUCCUCUCUCCUCAACCUAUUGGUAUCGUUGUGGCAGCUGUCCCUAGUCCCAUUCCGGUUCAGCGGACCGGGCAGUUGGUGACUUCACCAAGUCCAGUGAGUUCAUCCGAUGGUAAAGUUCUUCCCCUCAACGUGCAGGUGGUCACUCAGCACAUGCAGUCUGUGAAGCAGACACCAAAGACUCCUCAGAACGUUCCAGCCAGCCCUGGUGGGGAUCGUUCUGCCCGGCACCGUUACCCUCAGAUCUUACCCAAACCAGCUAACACCAGUGCGCUCACCAUCCGCUCUCCAACGACUGUGCUCUUUACUAGCAGUCCCAUCAAAACCGCCGUCGUGCCCGCUUCCCAUGUGAGUUCUCUAAAUGUGGUGAAAAUGACAACAAUAUCCCUCACACCCAGCAACGGUCAUAACCCUCUUAAACAUUCUGCCUCAGUCAGCAGCGCUACAGCAACAACAGAAGAAUCAAGGAGUGUUCCCCAAAUCAAGAAUGGUUCUGUUAUCUCUCUUCAGUCUCCAGGCUCUAGGACCAGCAGUACUGGGGGAACGUCUGCCGUGGAAGUGAAAAUGGAACCUGAAGUAUCAUCAGACGAGCACCCUGUGCAGUGCCAAGAGAACUCUGAUGGGGCUAAAACUCCCCAGGCAACAUCUAGUGCCCUCACAGGACAGAAAAGCAGCACGGAUGGAGCAGUGCAAAAACCUUCCAGUGAAAGUAUCACUGAAAUAAAAGCCACCAAGGUCUGUGACCAGAGGACCAAAUGUAAAAGUCGCUGUAAUGAAAUUCUGCCAGGCACUUCAACAGGCAAUAAUCAAAGCACUGUCACUCUCCCAGUUGCCACCCAGAACUUAACUUUCACCAGCACCAGCUCACCAUCUAAUGGUGACUCAAUAAGUAAAGACCCUAAAUUAUGCACUAAAAGUCCACGGAAACGACUAUCUUCUACAUUACAAGAGUCGCAGGUGCCUCCUGUGAAGAAACCAAUUGUGGAACAGCUUUCUACAGUUGUCAUAGAAGGUCAGAAACCAGGUAGUGUUAAGAAAGACCAAAAGGUUCCACAUUCAGGGAAAAUAGAAAGUUCCACCACAGGUGCUCAGAUUCCUAGCAAGGUAUCAACAAGUGUCAGUUCACCCAUAGUGGAAAAUCAACCCUUGAAUUCUUCUACCCUUCUUAUCAGUGAUUCAGCUUUGGAACAGCAGGCAACACCCUCAUCAUCUCCAGACAUCAAAGUAAAACUUGAAAGGAGUGUCUUUCUCUUAGACAGUGAUUCAAAAUCAGAUGGCAGCUUUAAUCCAAAUGAAUGGCAACAAGUCUCUAAGGAUUCUGAGUUUAUAUCUGCUGGCUGUGACCAACAGCAGGCUAUCAGUGUUAUGACAAUUCCUGAGCAUUCUGAUAUCAACGACUUAGAGAAAUCUGUUUGGGAGUUAGAAGGAAUGUCACAGGAUACAUACAGCCAGCAGCUGCAUAGCCAGAUACAAGAAUCUUCUUUGAGUCAAAUACAAGCACAGUCUUCAGAUCAGUUACCUCUACAGUCCGAACUGAAGGAAUUUGAGCCUUCUGUUACCCAGACAAAUGAAAACUACUUUCCUUUUGAUGAUGAACUCACACAAGAUAGUAUUGUGGAAGAGCUGGUGCUUAUGGAGCAGCAAAUGUCAAUGAACAAUUCGCAUUCUUAUGGUAACUGUUUGGGGAUGACCCUUCAGAGUCAGUCCAUAACUCCAGGAGCUCCAAUGUCAUCUCACACCUCCAGCACCCACUUCUACCAUCCAAUCCACAGCAAUGGCACACCAAUCCACACACCCACACCUACCCCAACUCCUACACCCACCCCAACCCCAACUCCAACCCCAACGUCUGAAAUGAUUGCCGGAUCUCAAAGUCUGUCUCGGGACAGCCCUUGUUCCAGGCUAGCCCAGACAACACCUGUGGAUAGCGCUUUAGGAAGUAGCCGACACACCCCCAUUGGUACUCCACAUUCUAACUGCAGCAGUAGCGUCCCUCCCAGCCCUGUUGAAUGCAGGAAUCCAUUUGCAUUCACCCCAAUAAGCUCCAGUAUGGCCUAUCAUGAUGCCAGCAUUGUCUCAAGUAGUCCUGUGAAGCCAAUGCAAAGACCAAUGGCCACACACCCUGACAAAACUAAGCUUGAAUGGAUGAAUAAUGGGUAUAGUGGGGUUGGUAAUUCGUCAGUUUCUGGCCAUGGAAUUCUCCCAAGCUAUCAGGAACUAGUGGAAGACCGUUUCAGGAAACCUCAUGCUUUUGCUGUGCCAGGGCAGUCUUACCAGUCCCAGUCUCGACACCAUGACACUCAUUUUGGUCGUUUGACUCCUGUCUCUCCUGUGCAACAUCAAGGUGCCCCAGUAAGUAACACCAACAAGCAGGAAGGCUUUGCAGUCCCUGCCCCUCUGGAUAAUAAAGGAACUAAUUCGUCUGCCAGCAGCAACUUCAGAUGCCGGAGUGUGAGCCCCGCUGUCCAUCGCCAACGAAAUCUUAGUGGAAGCACCCUCUAUCCGGUGUCUAAUAUCCCACGAUCUAAUGUGACCCCCUUUGGAAGUCCGGUAACCCCAGAAGUUAAUGUUUUCACAAAUGUUCAAACCGACACAUGUGCCAACAACAUCGCUCAGAGAAGUCAGUCAGUCCCAUUAACAGUCAUGAUGCAGACAGCUUUCCCAAAUGCUCUUCAGAAGCAAACCAACAGUAAAAAAAUAACCAAUGUUUUAUUGAGUAAACUUGACUCUGACAAUGAUGAUGCAGUGAGAGGUUUGGGAAUGAACAAUCUGCCCUCCAAUUACACAGCCCGGAUGAAUCUCACUCAGAUUCUGGAGACUUCCACUGUUUUUCCUAGUGCCAAUCCACAAAAUAUGAUUGAUUCCAGCACUUCUGUUUAUGAAUUUCAAACACCAUCUUACCUCACCAAAAGUGAUAGCACGGAUCAGAUCAGUUUUUCUCCCGGAGAUAAUCAAGCACAAUCUGAAAUUGGAGAGCAACAAUUAGAUUUCAGUAGCACUGUUAAAGACCUGCUGAGCGGAGACAGCUUGCAAACCAACCAGCAGCUGGUAGGUCAGGUCGCAUCGGAUCUCACUAAUGCUGCAUCUGAUUUCCCCAGUGACAUCAGGUUGUCUUCUGAGCUCUCAGGCAGUAUCAAUGAUUUGAACACUUUAGACCCAAAUCUACUGUUUGACCCAGGUCGUCAGCAGGGACAAGAUGAUGAAGCUACACUGGAAGAAUUAAAGAAUGACCCAUUGUUUCAGCAAAUUUGCAGUGAAUCCAUGAACUCUAUGACUUCAUCAGGUUUUGAGUGGAUAGAAAGCAAGGACCACCCUACUGUUGAAAUGUUGGGUUAAAUUGUGUUUUAUAAUAUGUAGCACACUGUAUCUAAAGACAUAUGUAUUGUAUUUGUCUUAAUGGAAGUGCCUCCCGCAGCAGAAACACCGACGAUUCAUUGUGACAUUUGCAAAGCGUUUGCUGCAGCAGUGGUUUCUUCUUCAGUAGGAAAUGGGUAAACUUGCCUCAGUUCUCAACGAAUUGCUGAAGACAGCAGGCUGUAGAAGAGCAAGUAUUAGGUUUUAAAUUUUGCAGUGUGCCCCAAUUUAAUCACAUUGUUUGCUAGUAACAGACUGACUGUCCCUCUUUCACAAAGGCAGUCUAGAUCUUGAUUUUGUAUAAGUUAAUUUUAAUUCAUCGGUUAAUCUACACAGAAUUUGGAAGAAACCAUCAGUUUUAGGUGUAGGCUAUUUUUUUUUUGUUAGCGUUAUCUUUUAGAUAUGAAAUCAUAGUGAGGAUGAACUGUAGAGGAGAAGGUCUUCCUUGAAACAGGGAUACUAUUCAGGUUAUUUUAAUUAUUUAGGCUUGAAGCAUAGAGCUACUGUAGGACGGAGAAUCUCUGUAGGACUUUCUGGGGCUUCAGUACCGUUUAUACCCACAAUGAAGGGCUGAAAUAGGAGAAAAUAAUGGAACAUUAAGUAUUAAUUUAAGAAAAACAAAAGCUGCACUAAAAUUUUUAAGAGGAAAAACUAGUAGCCAUUUAUAUUUGUGACCGUAUUAGUCUUAUUUUAAAAUGUUGAUUUUAAUACGGAGCUACCACAUAGAGAUAUAUAGGUACACACACUUGUACAUGUAUACACUCAAGACACACACACACAUACACACAUGCACACACAGACACGCACAAGUCAUCAACUCUAGAAUGUAAUUUAGUAGAAUAAAUACAAGUGUAUUAGAAAAGUGUUUCAUGUUUUAUUUACUAGUUGAGAUAAGGGUAUCUGAAGGAAAAUAAAAGCAUUUUAGUUUCAAUACAAUGGCUGCAUGUACAUAUUAAAAUUCUAUUUAAGAUUUAUUUUUAAAUCUUUCAUUAUAAUAUUCUUUAGUAAUCAGUUUUUUCCUCCUCAAUUUAGUGACUGACUCCUUCACUUCUGCUGAAUAUAGGAAUGCAAUUUGAUCAUGGGAUCCCUUUGAAAAACAAAUAAGCAGGAAGAUAACACGAACUGAAUGAAAAAGUUUAACCACCUAAGGUCUGAAGCCACAAUUCUUUAUAUCUCUGAUAGCACAAAGGAGAUAUCAGUUGUACUUGAAUAAGAGGAGCAUUUUAUUACAUGCUUAAUUUAUUUAUUGUGAUAACCACAAUUGCGAAAGAAGCAAAGCACUCAGGAUUUAUUUUAAAAUGUCUCUCUCUAUGGCUCCCAUUUUGUUUAUGAAUAUAUUUAUGAAUUUCACAUUGACACAGAUCUACUCACUAGCCAACAGCUCCGUGUGUUUUAAGAUCACUUGCAAGAGGGUUUAUAAUUGCCGUUAAGUUUUUAAAGCUAACAUUAAACCAUUUGCUUUGCCACCUUGAACCUAGCUAGACAUCUUGUCAACCUUAAUUAGAAAGCCAAUCAGAAGACUACAAUCAGUGAAUAUUUAACAAAUGUAAUGAAAGGUUUAAUUUAAUAAAGUUUCAUUGUUCAAUAAUUUGCAAGCUAGGGUAUUAACAUAUUUUGAUAUAUAACUGGUGCUAGCAUUGGCUCACAGGUUUAUAUGUUGGUAUGUCCUAGUUAUUGGCAUUUGUGUGUGUUUGCUGUUAUCUUGAUUUAAUGAUCUGUUAGAUGUUUUCCUUGAUACUAGUUAUUUCUUCACUGUACAUUGAGACACAGCACUACUGCACACCAAAGUAUGCAAUACCCAAAGGAGACUGUGUGAUUUCUUUUAACAAAUGAUGGGAGCCUUUCUAUGUGAGAUACUCUGAAAAGGAGAUUUUUGAGGCCAUUCUAAUCCCUUGUUUACAUUAUUAGCUUCCUACUAAUAUAAAAAUAAUGGAAAUCUUUUUUGAUAAAAAAAAAAGAAUACAAAGACUGGAGGAUUUUUAACCCCCUGUACAGUAUUGCAGCAAACUUUCAAUUUGGUUGAAUUCGUCCAGCAAACUUUCUGGGGUUCUAUAUUGCACUAAAUUUGUUGAACCUGUGGUAGGCACAUCUCUUAGGAUAAAUGCAACCAAUACAGUCCACAGAUUAAACUUUUUAAAUGUGUUUCAUUAUGAAAAGACAAAAAAUGUCAUCAAAGUGACAGAUAAAAUUGUCUUAUGUAGCAAUGUGCAUUGAUCUCAAUGAGAUAUUUCUAUUAUUCUCUUACAUGAGAAUAUUACAGCAGGAAGAAUUAAGUUUAGUUUGCUUCACCAUGUUAAUACAUGAUCACAAAACGUGCAUGAGUGUUAUUGACUUAUCUUGUACAGUACUAGGUAUUCCUGUAACCACUUUUUUUUUUUCUUGGCUGUAUUGAAACUGGUUCACUGUUAACCAGGCAAGCAUAGUUAUUCACAAGUUAUUUACUUUUUUAUGUUUACUAAUUCUGCUUAGUUGUUGUUGAAUAUGUUCUUUUCUGGGAUUAUUUUCAAUGUUUUGAUGUUUAAAACAUUUUACAUACUGUUUAUCAUGAGAAGACUUCAUGAAGUAAAUAAUUUUGCAUAUAAUUGCAAUAAGCACUGACUUUGGAACUGAAAAGAAGGAAAGUGGUUUUUGUGCAGUGCAUCUGAGGUUCAAAUAAUAGUCUUGUACUACAAUGUGCUUUACUACACCAUAAAUGACAAAAAUAAGCCCUGUUUCAUGUUUUCAUUUAGUGCAAAAAAGUCAGAUUUCCCCAGUGUUUUGUUGUCUGUUGUACCUGCUGAAACUACAGUAGUUGAAUAUCGCAGUAGCAUUUCAGUUCUCUUUUUUUAUUGAAAGUGCUCAAAAAUUGUUUUUUAAAUGUUUUCAAGAACAAUUAAAAACAUUUUAUAUCAAACUGACUGGAUCUUAAGGUGAUUUAUGGGUUAUGUUUUAUCUAGACAGUUUUAAAUAGACCCACUGCCCUUCAUCCUUCCUUUGACUCCUAACAUUUGGAGAUGUGGAAAAAAGUCAGCACAAGGCAGUACAGUACUGCUCCUCUGCAAUACCAAAGAUUCAGAGAUAUUUCAUGCAUUAGAACCCUGCUGCCAAUGUGGGAACUAUUACCAAUAAAUGAUACAUGGCAGAGA